UCAUAACUUGAUUCACGUAUUAUACAAAUAAAACGUGUAGUUGAUAACCCUACUUAAUCAAUGGAAUAUCUUUUGUUUAAUUACAAAGUACAUUAGUUCUUCAAAAAAAAAAAAACAAAAGGGCAUCAUAUUAAGGGAUUAUAUAAUUUCAUAGAUGAUUGUGCGUAAUUAUUUAACUACAUUAAUCAAGCAAUACGUUUGGAUUCAAUAUCGUUUAUAUACUAAAAUGACUUCUUUGCUGGUUCCUCCGGAAUCAGUACGAGGAAUGACAUGUUUGGAUCGCACUGCAUUCACAACUACUGUUGAAUUACCAUUUUUAAAAGUUCAUGGUAUAAAACUAUCAAAUAUAAUACCUAUAGUAAAAAAAUAUUUAUUUAAAAUAAAAAAUUUUAAACCAAUUCAGAGUAUGGAUAAUGAAACUAUUAUAUAUUUGAAUCCACUGUUAAUACAAACUUUUGAAGAUUUUGUAGAAGAUGAAAAAAAGCAAUUACUAGAAACGUACAAUCAAUUUGGAAUAACAAAAAUAAUUUUGAAAUAUGAUAACUGGCAAUCUUAUGAUAUAUUAAGAGCUAUUUUGCCUAAGGAAAUUGACGUUCCAACCUCAUAUAGCAUAAUUGGUCAUAUUGUGCAUUUAAAUCUACGUGAUAUACAUUUACCAUAUAAAACUAUUAUUGGUCAAGUUUAUCUUGAUACAAUUCCAAGUGUUCGAACAGUUUUGAACAAAAUAAAUAUUAUUCAUACAACUUUUAGAAAUUUCACUUUAGAAAUCCUUGCAGGUGAUAAAAAUACCAUUGCAACAGUAAAAGAAAAUGGUUAUAUAUAUGAGUUAGAUUUUUCUCAAGUUUAUUGGAAUCCUCGCUUAAGUACAGAACACAAAAAUUUAAUAACAUUUAUGAAACCUAAUGAUGUUUUAUAUGAUGUAUUUGCUGGAGUUGGACCAUUUGCUAUUCCUGCUGCUUGUAAAGGAAUUAAAGUAUUUGCAAAUGACUUAAAUCCUGAAUCUUAUAAAUGGUUACAAAAAAAUAUCAUCACUAAUAAAGUUAAAACAAAUAUUCAAUCUUUUAAUAUGGAUGGUAGAGAUUUUUUAAAAACUAUUUUUAAAACUGAUAUUUUAAAUAGGCGAGCUAUUAAUCAAAGUGGUAUAGAACAUAUAAUAAUGAAUUUGCCAGCACUUGCAAUUGAAUUUUUAGAUGUAUUUUUUGAUUUUAAUGAAAAUGAAAUUAAACAAAUUUGUUAUCGACCUCCAAUUAUUCAUUUAUACUGUUUUGUAAAAACAAAUAAAGGAGAAAAUGGUUGUAAAUUGGCACAAUUAUUAAUAGAAAAAAAGCUUGGCUGUACAUUAACAUCUAAUUCCUUACUUGAUUUACAUUAUGUCAGAAAUGUUUCUUUAAGUAAAGAAAUGAUUCGUAUAUCAUUUUUAUUGACCAAAAAUAUAUUAAUGGGCGAGGAGCCAGCAAUGAAGAAAUUAAAAAUGGAAAAUAAUUUUGGUAUAUAUGUAAGUAAUAAUAUUACAGAAAAUAAUGGGAAAAAACAAGAAAUUACAAAAGAAACAAAUGAACAAAAAUGUGUUUAAAGUAGCAACAGUUCGUAGUGUUAAACUAAAAGCAAAAGCGCAAAAAGUGAUGAUUAAUUUAAAAAAAUUGGACUUGAAAAAAAAUAAAACAACUAAGAGAAAUACACAUAAGACAGUGCAAAUUGAUCAACAAUUUCAAGAAUUACAAAGAGAAGUAAAUAAAUCUAAAUCAAAAAUAAAAACUAAUGCAAAACAAGAUAAAAAAAA